AGGAGCCCGGCUCCCCUGAAUCUCAGGAAAGAAAGCAGCUAUUCGCCGGCUUAUAAAAGAAAGUGCACGAGCCUUUUGAUGUUCCCCUGGAAUAUCCAGGCUCCAGUUCAAAGCAUAGUGGGGUAAGGAGGGGAUCCGUUUGCUUUGCCUUGAAAUGUCCAGUCGCAUAAAGCGCCAGUUGGAUCUUUUGUUCCCCAGAAGGGGCCUCCAGGAGAGAGAGGAGCGAGUGUGCAAGGGGGGAAGAGAGGGAUCGGUGGCCCCGGUGCAGAGGAGGCAGUAAUGUUCAUGCUUGUGUGUUUGCAAAGAGCAAAGGGAGAUGCUGACAGAUCCCUGAUAGAUGUGCAAGAUGGCGCAAGCCCAUUCCAGCCUCUCCAGCCACCAAUUGUCUUAGGCAGCGCUCGCACCAUGAGGAUCUAGGUUGGCUUCCAACCACCUCCACCCCUUUUUCCAUUUCGGUGCUUUGCGGAUAUUUUUUGGGGGGGGCUUGAAACCCGCUUUUGGGGGGGGCUGAUUCUCUCCCCCCCCCUCCAGCUGGAUUUUCCACCCCCGAUCGCAGAGGAGGAGAAACACCAGCCGCACCAAAAGUGGUUCCAUGGCUUCCCCCGGCUCCCCUCUGCCGGCCGGCGUGUUCGGAUUCCUGCUGCUCGCCUUCGCGGGAGAUUUUGGUCAUUCCACCGAGCUGGCCUUCGCUGUGGAGCCCAGCGAUGACAUAGCAGUGCAGGAGCGGCCGCUGGUGCUGUACUGCCAGGUGGAGGGAAUCCCGCCCAUCACCAUUACGUGGCGGAAGAACGGGGUGAUGAUCGUGGAGAAUGAGAACACCUUCGUGCUGGCCAAUGGAUCGCUGUACGUCUCCCGCUUCCAGAAAGUCAGGGGGGAUGGGUCGUCUGAUGAAGGUGAAUACGACUGCAUGGCUCAAAACCGCUUUGGGCUGGUGGUCAGCCGCAAGGCGAAGAUUCAAGCAGCUACUAUGUCAGACUUCCAUAUUCAUCCUCAGAACGCAGUUGUGGAAGAAGGUGGCGUCGCAAGGUUCCAGUGCCAGAUCCAUGGUUUACCAGAGCCUGUAAUCUUGUGGCAAAAGAAUCGAGUCCCCAUCAACACGGACAAUGAUAGGUACACGCUGCUUCCCAAAGGAGUCUUGCAGAUUACCGGACUCAGAGCAGAAGACAGUGGGAUUUUUCACUGUGUGGCUACCAACAUAGCUAAUGUGAAAUUCAGCCGGGAGGCCAGACUCUCUGUGUCAGGCUCCCAUUCGACGGUUUACAAGGAUCCCAUGAUUCUUGUCGGCCCAGAGAACCUCACGCUGACUGUGCACCAGACAGCUAUCCUGGAAUGCAUUGCAACUGGGAAUCCCCGGCCCAUCGUGUCCUGGAGUCGACUAGAUGGCCGUCCCAUUGGCGUAGAAGGAAUUCAGGUGCUGGGGACAGGAAACCUAAUGAUUUCUGACCUCACUGUGCAGCAUUCUGGGAUAUACGUGUGUGCUGCUAACAAACCCGGCACCAGGGUGCGGAGAACUGCCCAGGGAAGGCUAGUCGUACAAGCCCCUGCGGAGUUCGUGCAACACCCUCAGUCAAUUUCCAGACCCGUAGGGACGACUGCGAUCUUCACCUGCCUGGCCCAGGGAGAGCCUUCCCCUCAGAUCACCUGGCUGAAGAACGGGCAGAUCCUAGAACCGACUGAUCACAUCAAACUGAAGAAUAACAACAGCACGCUCACAAUCUACGGGAUCAGUCAGGAGGAUGAAGCCAUCUACCAGUGCAUCGCUGAGAACAGCGCCGGCUCCACCCAAGCCAGCGCCCGCCUGACGGUGCUGUGGGCGGAUGGGUUGCCUGGCCCUCCGCAGAAUGUGAAAGCCGAGACGGUCUCCGCAACCACUGUCCAGGUAUCCUGGAGCGAACCUCUGCAGAACACCAAGGAGAUCAUCGGUUAUGUGCUGCACAUAAGGAAAGCUGCAGACCCCGUGGAGAUGGAAUACCAGGAGGCUGUUAGCAAAAGCACCUUCCAGCAGCUAGUGACCGAUUUAGAGCCCUCGACCAGUUAUAGCUUCUAUAUAAAGGCUUAUACCUCCCGGGGUGCCAGCAAAGCCUCUGAAGUCAUGGUGGUGAGCACGCUGGGAGAAGUCCCAGCAAUUCCGUCCCUCUUUAUUAAAGUUCUUAACAGCACCACCAUCCAAGCGGUGUGGGAGCCCUCCGUCAAACUGGGCCAGCAUGAAGGAUUCAAACUCUACUACCGUAAAGUUCACCUAUCCCACUUUACUGGCCCUAUGCUCCUGCCCAGCAACAUUACAUCUUAUAACAUUACUCACUUGGACCCAUCAGUGGUAUAUGAAGUAAAACUCCUGGCAUAUAACCAGCAUGGGGAUGGAAAUUCUACUGUCCGCUUUGUAUCCCUUCGAGAAACUGUUGAAAGAACAGUGUUGAAUCCCCCGUGUGACUGCAUGAAAGAUGAGCAAAAUAAUAAGACCUCCACCACGGGGAUCAUCAUUGGGAUCCACAUUGGAGUCACGUGCAUUAUAUUCUGUGUCCUGUUCCUCAUGUGUGGGUACAGAGGAAGACUGCUGAUGUGUAAAAACGUCCAGGAACAGCUGUCAACUCCCCAGAUCCCGAGGAGUCAGAGGAACGCCACAGGCCUGGUUCUGAAUGGAGCCGCUCGGAGGAACAGGGAUGACCUGGACAUGAAUGGGAAGCAACUGGAGAUGAACGAACUGGAAAGGUUGUUUCUAGCAUUGCCUUCCCAGGAUCAACAGGAUAAGGGAAUAAUGCCAGAUCACGUCCCACCUGACUCACAUGAUGAGACUCAGAUAUCUACCCUUCCACUGGAUGAAUUCAGCAUUAUAGAAGAACAACUCGAUCCCCCAGCCAAAAGUCUGGCGCCUGAUGAUCAGGGUGGACCGCUACACAACUUUAGCCAGGAAGUCCCAGUUUUGAAACAUAGUCCCACCAAUGAAGGAUAAUUGCCAAGUCUCUAAGCCUCUUGUAGGACUCACCAAGAACCAUUUCCAUGUCUGGUGAUGUCUUUACAAUGAUUCGUCAAUCUCAGGUCAAUUUAAGAUUUCUACAGUCUGGGGUUUUUUUUUUUUUUGCUUUAUUAUUUCUUUUAUAUCGAUAUACAGCUUUUUUGAAGCGCUAUGAAGUUUAUCUUCCUGACCUGUCUCAGGCCUCUUUGUGCAUUUCUUCCUACAAUUGCAUUAUCAAGACUGGUCAUGAUUGUUUUUCCCAUGGCUGCUAGGUAACAGACUUUACAAAUUCUCCAGACUCUAUCAAUGAUGGAAUAUGGCGGAGCCUUGUUCCCUUGGCAUCCCAGCCCAUGUUCCCCAUUAGCAGCUUUAGGAGUACUUUGUGAUCUAUUUUUUAUUUCAUGAUGACUGGAUUAAGAUGAAUCCUUCUAACUUGACUCCAAAAAUUCAGGCCGGGAAAGGCCACCUCUCCAUGGAUUUGAUGAUUUUGUACACUUUCUCUAUUUCUCAGGAUGCUUUUUUGGUGAUUGACUAUAAAUAAGAAAAAAAAAUAUGUGUCAAAAGAGGCCUGCAUGAGGGCUACUGAAAGACUUGGACAAACAUCCCGAGUAGACUCAGAACCUACCUCAACCGGAAUGAAUGUCUUCGGGGAAGCAGCAAAUAUCUGUGUCUUCCUUUGUUUUCAAAACAAGUAGCGUAGCACUUGGUCUGCAUAAGCUUGGUACUACCUCAGAAGUCAUGCUCCAUAUCUGCCAUGGUGUUGUCCUUUUUUUGUGUCGUCGUCAUUCUGAUGUAAAGCACUUCCAAACCUUGAAAGCAAUGUUCUACCUCAAGUUUUAUAUAGAAGUUCAUUCGUUUGUGUCGUCAAACCUGCUCCUCCUUCAUCUGACUGUUCUGCUCUGCUCCAGUGAAACCUGUUCAAAGACAAAUGAAAGGGCAGUGUGUUUGCGUUAAGUAGCGAUUGUGGUGACAUUUCGUUAGUGUUAAAAGCUUUACAUUUAGCCAAGUCAUAGUGCUUGUGUUUGGUUUUGUGUGACGGAGUUUUAUAUGAUGGUUCUACUUUAACGACUGUUAGAGCUGUAGCAGGUCUACCACCACUAGUAACCUAAAGAGAAUCUUCACCUGCCACAUUAGGGCCAAACUGGACCCUGGAGUACAGGUGAGCUGUUCCCAAUUGCUCCUUCAAACCAGUGAACCUGCCCAUUUUCUAAGGAUUGUGGGCUUGAUCCUACAAGAAAGUAAGCAGUCUGGUUUUGGCCCAACAAAGUCAAUGCUUAGCCAAGAACUAAGCAUGCGUCUUUUGCUGAAUUAGGAUCAGAGUGCUCAGCUCCAUGCAGGAUCCAGCCCCGAGGGAAUAUCCAGUUUGUCUAAUUACAGUUCCAGUCUGACACAUUAUGGGACAUUAGCUGGAUAGAUUAGAACUACAGCACCUACCCAUAUGCACGUUCCCAUCUUCACUCAGAACCCUCAGGUUCUACCAUUGGCUACCUGGAAUAACACACUCCCAGCGGAGAUAAUGGCACUUGUUGUAUACUGGAGACGCUUGGCUUUUCAGCCUCAUUCCUCACGCAUACAAGGAGCUGCCUGAUUAUUUCACAAUGACUGACACAUCCUCUGUCGUGUGUUAAAUGCCUCAGGGAAGUGCUUUGUGAAAGAUAAGUCUAUUUUGACCCCUUUCUCCCUCUUUGGGGGCUAAAUACAUAUUUCUAAAAGAUGCAUUUUCUUUAUUAGCUUUAUUUCUUUUCAGCCAUAGUGUGUCACUUCUUACUUUUGAAUGAAAAACCCGCUUAAACUUGAAACUUAAAAAGCACGUCCGAAUGUUCAAGGGUACAGCUGGCUGGAUGAGCUGCCUACCCUAGUAUGUCACCUUUCUGAGUGGAAAGAUGGCCCGGUGUGGUGGAAUGGCCACUAGACUAUUUCAUUAACACCCCACUGGGAAGAACAUUGGUUGUUUUGAAAGGAAAGGGGGAAUUUUUUUAUUAAUAUAGAAAAAAAUGGAAAAAAUAAAGUGAGAGGCAACAUGUAUAUAUAUUUAAAGCAGAGAGGACAAAAUCUGAGAUCCUUUACUCAGUGUGUAGUCACUCAAACUCCCAUUAGCUUCAGUGAGAACUGUGUCUGAGAAAAGCCAUUUUCUGAAGGCCUAAACAAGUUACUAAGACCUUGUCUACACUACAGGGGAAAUCCGAUCUAAGCUAUGCAAUUUGAGUUACGUGAAUAGCGUAACUCAAAUCGACGUAGCUUAGAUAUACUUACUGCGGGGCCCACACUACGCGAUGUCGAUGUGAGAUGCUCUCCCGUCGACUCCCCCUACUCUUCUCGAUCCGGUGGAGUACAGGAGUCGACGGGAGAGCGAUCUGCGGUCGAUUUAGUGGGUCUUAACUAGACCCGCUAAAUUGACUGCCGAUGCAUCGCUCGCCGCUCGUCGAUCCCCUGGUGAGUGUAGACAAGCCCUAAAGGUCUGAUUCUGCCCUGAACUAUGCUAGUUCAGUCCCAAUGGGUCAAAGCCAGACCUGGCUCCAUUGACUUCAAUUCAGUUGUCCUCACUUGCGCUGGGGCUGAAUUUGGUCCAUUAUCAUUAGUGGGGACGCACUCAGCUAACGGAGAGUACAAUCUGGUGCGUGCAUCUCAGUGCCUGCACCUCAUCAUGCCGCCUACGCUCUUUCACUACUAGAUGGUCAUCACAUUCUCUGCUGUUCAGCUGACGAGAUCCCAGGAAUAAGAGCCCUGUGACUGGGUGCACAUGGUAAUAUAUACCAGAGUUGCUGCCCAACAGCAUCUGUGUGUGCACCGUAGUCUGCAAACACACUUCGCUUUAACACAAAAAAUCUCUUUGCCCUUGUCUAAUGCGCAAGCCAUUUAAAAAUGGCUUCCUUUUACCAGGAAAGGGCAGUUGUUGGGUGCAUCCACGCUGGAUGUAGUAUUAAAAAAGGAUGAAGGGAAUGGUCAUAAAGAGAGCCUCCAGCAGUGAUGAAUAUAUCACUUGGAUGUGCAGCGGCUUUUUAAUAGGAGGUUAGGAAAUUAAUGCAAUGUCUUCGUCAAGACAUUGAAGAGUCAAGAGAGCUAUUGGGGACAAUUAUGGUUGUCUCUCAAGCAGCCCAAAAGACUACACUGGGCUGUGUUUUGAGCAGCUUUCCAGCCAGUGGAGCUCCAUUAGGGUUUCACAAGAUGGAAACGAGGCCAGAAUCUGGCCCAGGGUUAGCAAUGUAGGGACCCACUUAUCUCAGUCUUUUUUUUAGAUUGCCUCAAACUCUACAUUAAUUACCCUUUAUUAUGAAAUAGAAGGUGUCAGCACUCCAGGCCAUUAAAGGUUCUGUUUGCUUCGCCACAUGCUGUUUUGAAUGGUAAAGACCUAAUUCAAUUUGGAAGGGUGGGAAAAAGAGACCGUUCUAAGGGCUUGUCUACAUUACCUGCUGGAUCCACGGGCAGCGAUCAAUCCAACGGGGGUCGUUUUAACACGUCUAGUCUAGAUGCGAUCAAUUGACCGCCAAGUGCUCUCCUGUCGACUCCAGUAUUCCACCAGGUAAGUAGAUCUGAGUACGUCGACUUCAGCUACGCUAUUCAUGUAGCUGAAGUUGUGUAACUUAGAUCGUCCCCCCCUCCCCCCAGUGUAGACCAGGCCUGAGUGUCCACAGCUGCAGUUUGUACAGUGCCGCAGGACUAGCUGUCAGUGUCCCCAACCCCUCCAAAAUUGGCCAUACCAGCUGAUACGGCACCAGCAUGUAUACUGACAGGAUCACCGUGCUCUUAACGUGGCAUUGUGCCAACGGGCGUGGAGAAAUUCCUCCCGGCAGCUGAUCUUUAGGCUAUUGGUGGUGGUAUCUGUUGUAGACCUCAUGUACAAAGCCUUAGAAUGUAAUGUGUUCGGUCGGUGCAUGUUGCUGGUGACCUACCUCAGUACAAGUGGUCAAGCAACCUGGUGGUAUUGAAACCUCUGUAUUGCGAUGCUGAAGAGAAUCCAAUCCACAACUCUAAACAUCCAGGGCAGCCAUUUCACGGGCAUGUGUUUUUAAGAAGUUUAUUUGUGAAGUAUUUUUAUACCCCGUGAAGGUGACAGUUUCACUUUUCUUUGAAAGUGGAAAGGAAUCAGGAAAGGAAACUCGGUUCAGUAAAGAAUGAAUUGUCUUGCCUUUUUAAAAAAAAAAAAGAAAAACAGUUCUACAGCUUCAGUACCUGUGGAAUAGAUCAGGAUGUAUCAGAAACAUGCUUAUCAGCCCCUCUUAACUAACUAUACCCUUUGGCAUUUGAGUACUGAAAGAAUUGUCAUAUGAUAUAUAGCACAGUGAGCAAAAAUAUAUAACUCCCAGUUCCUUUGUUCUGAAAUAGAUUUACUCAUGAGGGUUAGAUCUGAGGGGGCAGCUUCCCUGAGGGUCCGAUUGACCAGACUGGCAUAAGCAGAUGCAAUGCCAUUGACCUCAAUUAAGUUGAGCAACAUGCGCCAGUGGCGAAUAUGAGUCAGUGUUUAUAAGUGUCCUGGCCCUUUAAAAUUCCUCUUGUCCUACAUGAUGUCUUUUGGUUUUGUUAUGUUUUGUUCUGCAGGAUUGGAUGGAGUUUUAAAGGGCCAGAUCUGUAUGCGAUCAAACCCACAAAUGCUCUCCCUCUGCCAAUAAAGCAGUGGCUAACUAUGACCUCAGAGAGGUUGCUGCUCACGCUUUUACAGUAUGCUGGGGGAGGGUUUUUUCCCCCUCUCGCUCCAAAUUUCUUAAGCAGAUUGCGAGUGAGAGUAUAACAGCUUUAAGCCAGAGCACCUAUGCUCUCAGGCCCUGUGGUUUCUGAGUUUAGGGUAUUAUUGAUCAGCUGGGGAUGCCUAGCUACAGAAGAAGAGAUUGUUUUGUAGGAGCCAAUUUAUGCCAGUGUUUGGAGAGGCAAAGUCAUGGGCGAUGGAGGUGCAGGGUGACCCGAGAGUGGCAGGGAUGCUGGAGCCUUAUUAAAGAAAUAAGGCCAGUGUGUAUGACGAAAAGCCAAGGAAGGGUUAAUGUUAGUGAUUUGAAGGGCUUGAUAAAUGUGUCUCUUUUAUUUCAAUCAAAACAAGAAUCAGCGUCUAAGAUUUGAAGUCCCUGUUAGAGAAAGCUCAAACUGCAAGGCCUGGAUUUCAAGCACUUCAGAGCUUGAUCUCCAGAUCUGGGCGGUUUGCUAACACUUACAGCACUCACCCGACAUGUCACGACGCAGAGCCCCUGUGCCACAUGCACAGCAUCAGUAUUGCCGAGGUUACAAUUUACUACCAGAAGGAAGGAAAAAAGAAAAUGAUGAUGUAUUUCCUCGUACAUUGAGUUACGACCUGGUAUCAAAGAGAACCCAGACUCCCUCAUUUGAACUCUUGUUUUUAUUGUCUCUGUGUGUAAUGAAGUUCAGAUUGAAUAAAGUACUGUUGCCAAAGUGAACACAUAAUUUAGACUAGCUUUCGGCUCAAAAUAUCUGGGGCUGUGAACCUGUUAUUAGUUCAAUAUCACAUUAUUGUGAUAUUGUAAUAGUAACACAUAUUUGUCACUACUUCCUUUUAUUAAAGGGAAAUGCUGUGCCAUUUGAUUAGUUGAAAUACAGUAGUAUGUCAAGAAUAGAUUUUUUUUUCUAAGAUGCAGAAAUGUAAUGGCUUGAACUGAUGUUGAUUAUCUGUUGGUUUAAGACAGUAAAAGAUAUAUGUGAACCUUUAAAGAUUAUUUUUAGAUAUUUAGAUUUUCCUCACUUUGAGGUUUCUUUUAAGCUCUUGUAAAUCCAUAGCAUUGCAAAAUAUCCACAGAAGUUUGUGAUGCGCAAACCUCAAAAGGUUUGAGGGUCCAUUCUGGAGAGCCACCAAGGAGAUGUUAUCCUACCUGAAUUAUCUAAGCCUUCUGAGUCUGCAACACUGGACAGGAAACCUUGCAACAACGGGCGUUGCCUUGUGUGUUUUUGAGUACAUGACCAUCCAGCUUCUGGUUAGAUGGGAAUUAACACAAGUAGCAGCUAUCUUUUUGGCUCUUGGAUGCCUCCAUUUUUGAUCCCCGACUGAACAGAGUAGCACAGACCUGUGCAAAAGAUAAAUUAAAAAAUUGGGAAAACACUAAUUGAACUUUUUUAAAGUCUCCGAAGAAGCUGACUUUAGGUUUGGUUCAAGUGUUGGGCAGAGAUUCAGGUCAGUUCUUGGUUUAUCCAGACAGGUUCACCCAUCUCUGAUAGAAACCUGAAGAACACAAUCCAGCUUGGAAAUGAAACUAGAAAGGUGGGGCCUGAUGCUCUUCUGACUUACACCUUGUGCAACCCCAUCAACUUAGAUGGAGUUUUACAAGGUGCUGAGGGCAAAUUUGGGCACAAGGUCUUUAUCAGUUAUUUACUCCAGCUUCAUAUAAUAUGGUGUCCAGUCAUAAGGAUCAGCUUUUAAGGUCGGAGUCGGGGAUGUUGACUUAAACAGAUCCAUUUACAUUUACUGGAUAUUUGUUGAAGUGGCCUUCAUAACGUUCCAGGAAAUGCGAGCCAGCACAAACCUCUUGUUUCCAUAUACCAGUGAUUUGUUGUUGUAAAGAACACUUUUUUUUUGCCGGUGCUGAUUUACUUGUUCGAGUUAUGUGUGCAGCAAACAGUGGCUGCCUUAUGUACCGCAUAUGUGACGAUGGGAGUCUUUCCUGAGCACUGGGUGAGAUCUUGUCAGUGCGAUGUGUGCGACACACAAUAUUCCGCAUCAAAGAUUAUGUAUGUGUGUCGGUGGUUUUAAGCACCUGAGGCCAGAUUCCCAGGAGGUUUAAAUUGCCAGAACGCCUUUAAUUUCAAUAGCAUUGCAUCUGUUUACACCUCCUGAGAAUCUAGUCCUGGGUAUUUAAAAAUAUGUGCAUUGACUACACUGAAAAUGUUCAGUUUUGAACCAGCCUAGAUCCAUGUGUCCUGAGGAUUGACAAGUGGAUUUGAGUUCCCUUGGCUGGGCUUCCUAAACAACACAAAGGGCAUUUUGAGGAACAGUCUCAUGUUAUUGUCUACAAGAGGUCUCUGCUUGACUAGGACUUCCGAAUUAGGACACUGUAUUCCCCACCAUCAGAUAUAUGGCAGGUGAUAGCAGCAUUUACAUGUGUUAAUGCAUGGAUGGAAGUAAAGUGAUGGUGUUCUUUUUGAUAGCUGAUCUUGGGGACUUGACAAUAAGCUGGGUGUGUUUGAAGAAUUAACAUCAAAAAGCUUCCAUUCCAUACUGUUGUUCUUUACCCUGAUAUCUCAUGCAUUACAAAAAAAAAUUCUUUCCAGUGUUUUAAAUUAAAGGAGAUUGGAAUGCUGCACCUUAAGAAACAGGGUUGGUCGGUUUGUUUUCCUCCUUAGGGUAUGUCUACACUGCAGUAAAACACCCACGGCUGGCCCACGGCAGCUGACUCGGGCUCGAAGGACUUGUGCUGCAGGACUAUAAAAUUGCAGAGUAGAUGUGUGGGCUUAGGCUGGGUUUGAGCCCAGAGCGUCCCAGAGCCUGAAUGUCUAUCGUGCAACUUGAUAGCCCUACAGCCCAAGCCCCACGAGCCCGAGUCAGCUGACACAGGCCAGCCACGGGGGUUUUACUGCAGGGCGCACAUACCCUUCGUAACACCAGUAUAAAUCUGGAGUAGCUUCACUGUGGAGCUACUCCUUCUUUACACUGCUGUAACUGACAACAGACUCUCGUCCUGUAUAUUUAGCCAAGGAAAGCGUUCCAUUCCUUCAAAUAAACUGACUUUGUUUACUAUCGCUUUCCUGGCUACAGCGAGAUGAAGCUGUGGCAGGAAGUAUCCAAGACCUGGCUUUGAUAACCCCUAGUGAGCACGACCUAUUCUUGGAGAUCUGUUCCCAAGUUUACCAGAGAUGGCUGCUACCUCAGGGAAAAUAUCUGCAUUUUAUGUUUAAUUCAACAGGGAAGAAUUUUAUGCUGCGACAGGGUAUUUUCAGACUGUUGGAUUCAGGUAUUUAUUUGUGAAAUGUAUCUUUUUUUACUUCUACCUUGUUUCAUAAAGAUGCUGGAAUUUUGUAAGUGUUAAAACCAGACUGGAAUUUGUAAAACUUCCACCCAGGAUUAAAGAGAACCAGGAUUUUACAUUGAAGUCAGCAAUCAGAAAAGAAACAAUACAUGACGUGCUGUCACUGUAGGACCCAAUCCAAAGCCUAUUUAAAUCAACGGAAAGACUUCCUUGACUUCCAUGGGUGGUGGGUCUGGCGUAUGGUACAAAAUACACACUGCAUUGUGAAUCUGAAACAACCUCACUGUGUGUUUCCCGGCACAUUUCUCUUUACUAAGAUAAUUAUACUAUGCAGUGAUUUGAGGACAAAAGUCUCUACAGCAUUGCAGAGCCCCUACUGGGGGGAAUCAAUAUGAAUGGUUUUUUAUGUGUAGGAAGCGUAUGAUGGUCUUUAAGAAAAAAGCAAAGCAUACGAUAAAAUACAUUUCCAAAUUCUGUUCUGAGCUUCAUCCUUUAUUCCAGACUUCUUAGCCUGUAUUCAAAUUUGGGUUCUUCUCUCCUCACAAGCCCUAUGUCUGGUUCCUUUGUAAUGCUCAUGUUUUCAAUGUGAAUGAGUGCUUAGCACACAUUCUCCUUGAAAUAAUUUUUCACCCCACUAUUUUCCAUUGCCCCUUGAAUAUGACUCCAUCAUCCAUUUGGUGAUGACCUUUGCCCUUUCACCCUCUAUAGCCAUCCUGUCCCCUUCCUUUCAUCCCCCUCCAUCCCGCCCCACACACAUUGUCAGUCAAAGCAAAUAAAAGUCUUUGCAAAGAAAGACCAUUAUAACCAGGUACGUCUUCUCCCAUGAUUUGCCUUCAAAUAUCUUGUCACACAGAGAUCGCAGCUAGGAAGAUUUCAAAUCCGGGAAAGACUCAGAUCAGCUGUCGUUCUUAAAUUACUGUCUUUACAUUUUCUGCCAUGUAUGUAGGUGUCCCAUUGCAUAGUGUUUUGUGAUUCUCAUCAUUAGCGUUGCCCUUACUGUGUAUAUACUGUAGAAAGGAAGAUGGGGGGAGGAAGUAAUCCAUAGAAGAGAAAAUGCUUCUAGAGCUUUGACACUGGAUUGUCUCAGUUGUACAGAGCUAGUUGGCAUCUCUAUUCUACAUGGUCAGCUGUUACUUUGUUGUGGGUUACCUAAAACAUUUGCAAUGUUAAUGUUUCAUGGUUGGAUGGAAAAAUGUAACGGCUGGGACAGAGCUUUGGUUUAUUUUUUUCAAAUUUUUUAGAGACGAGAGUAUUUAAGCUCAGAGAAGCCCAAAGUUUGAGGUACUUACAGGAAAUGUGAUAUUUGUGUACAGACGGAUGUCUCAAGAAACAGAGCUGGGAGGUGCUACUGCAGAGUUUGCUUUGUACAGAAACUCACUGAGCCAGAUUCCAGUUACCUCGCUGGGGUGAGCCCAGAGGAAAUCUGCUGCUAUCAGUGGAGGUGAAAAUCAGACCUGGGGUUUGGUCUUUGAAUGGCAGCCAUGUGUUCGAACGAGCUGUCUUCAUCAGCAGGCGUUAAUAGCUGAUUAAAAGCAAGUGGGAUUCUGAAAAGAACAGCAAAAAAAGAAAUAAAAAUUUAAAAAAUCCUAUAGAAACAAGUGAUAAAAGCCUGGGGGUGCAGGGGGAGGCCCCUGUGGAGAUCAUCUGUGGAAACGGUAUUUGCAAAUGUAUCCCUCCCAAUAAAGAUACAUUAAAGGCAGACUAACGAUCUUAUCUAGCACCUUGACACCUGUUAAUUAAAUUAAAAAAGAGGAAACUUGGAUUUGUACCAACUAGAAUAGUGAUCUCACUGAAUUUCUGACAGCAUGUUUGAACUCUGGCAGUGAUUAUGCGUGAAGCCAGUAGCAUCUUCAAGGGAAAACUCUGUUAUUUCAGGGCCACAUUCGCCUCUCAGUUACAGCAGUAUCAAUCCGCCAUGACUGUGUAAAUAAAUGGAAUUACUCUGGAUUUAUGCCAGCAUAAGUGAGAGCAGGAUUUGGCCCUGGACGUUUUAUAAGGAGAAGGGACUUGGGGCCUGAUCUAGAGCCCACUGAAGUCAGUGGAAAGACUCACAUUGACUUCACUAGGUUUUGGAUCCGGUUCUUUCUUACAAAGCGAAGAGGGAGUUUAUUUUGAUGGUAUUUGCAGCAUUAUGUAAACUUGUAAUAUCUUUACAUUUGUAAUAAAGUAAUAAUAACUAUAAUAAAACUCUUUGUCCCAGUCCUCUUCAGGAAUAAACUGUUAAGGAAAAAUAAAAACCCAAAAUGCAAAGCACUUUUCUACUGUUUAUUUUCUACCUUUCUUACUUUUAUCUGUCUUGAUAUUUGAAAUCCCACUGAUCCUAUGAUUGUUAGUCCUUGUAUAAAAGACAAAAAGAAAGAAAAAAAUAGAUUUUUUUUGUAGUUUGCUCUGUUUAGAUUUUAGCCUGUGGCUACUUGUAUAAGAAAAAUAAAACUAGAAUAAACUAGAUCCAGUGAUUCAU